AAAAAAAAAAAAAAAAAAAAAAAAAAGGAGAGGAGAGGAGAGGAGGGGGAGAAGGGGGCCGAGUCAUGGAGCUUUAUUGCCUGGAGUCGGACAUAGCCGUGAAAGCCCAGCCUGACCCAAACAUCCUCUAUGAUGACAGAGUGUUGCAAAGUUUAUUAACAAUUGAGGACAGGUUUUUACCUCAAAGUUCAUAUUUCCAGCGGGUCCAGAAGGAUAUUCAGCCCUAUAUGAGACGAAUGGUUGCAGGUUGGAUGCACGAGGUGUGUGAAGAGGAGAAGAGUAAUGAAGACGUCUUCCCUUUAGCCAUUAAUUAUUUGGACAGAUUUUUAGCAGUGAUGCCCACAAGAAAGAAUUAUUUGCAGCUUCUGGGAGCUGUGUGCAUUUUCCUGGCCUCCAAGUUAAAGGACAGCAGGCCACUUUCAGCAGAAAAACUUUGCAUGUACACAGACAACUCCAUCACACCACGGGAACUGCUGGACUGGGAACUGGUGGUGCUCGGGAAGUUGAAGUGGAACAUGGCCUCAGUCAUCCCCAAUGAUUUUAUAGAGCACAUCAUACGCAGGCUGCCCCUUCCCAAAGACAAGCUGACGAUGGUCCGCAAACACACGUUGACAUUCAUUGCCCUCUGUGCCACAGAUGACCGCCUUGCCAUGAACCCUCCUUCCAUGAUCGCCACUGGCAGCAUGGGAGCUGCCGUCUGUGGCCUGCAGCUGGACCACACUGACCAGAGGCUGAGUCGAGACAACCUGACAGACCUGCUGGCCAAGAUCACCAACACAGAGGUGGAUUGUUUGAAGGCAUGCCAAGAGCAAAUAGAGCGUGUGCUGGCCACCAGCCUGCAGCAGGGGCAGCAGUACCGACAGGAGACCGGGGUCAGAGCAGGCAACAAGGCGAGGGAGCAACAAGACCAGUCCAGCACCCCCACAGAUGUACGGGACGUCAACUUAUGAACUCCCACCGCCACCCGGCCCACACACACCACUCAUUACUGUCCACCGGUGAACUAACUGGAGCGAGAGGGCAUGAGCUGCCAGUAAUGCCACAUGAGCGAUGGUGUGACGAUCUAUGAACUUUUAGAAAAUAAUAAAUUUCUAGUUUUUCCCUUUUUUUUUUUUUUUUUUGCCCCAUUCAUACCCGGUGAGGUGUACUUUGACCUUUUGUACGGGCCACAUGUAAUCAAACAAGCUAUUAAAAAAAAAAAAAAACGGUAAAUUCUUGAAAACUUGAUAUAGUGCCUUAGGUUUCCCAGAAUGGAAAUCUGAAUAUAUUUUCAUACUUGAAAAAAAAAACAGCAUAAUUAUAUGAAAUAUAUAUAUACGUAUUUUUCUUUUGAUACAACCUAGCAAAGAUAGGAUAUGAUAAUUAUUGUAUAUUUAGCUAGCAUUUAGUUAUGUUACUCUUUUAUCAUCUUUAGCAAGCAGUUAUCAAUUCACAGUUUUAAUGGGGUUUCCUCACCUGUGAUUCAUACUCAUGUGUGCAGGAAAAUUUCUAUAGUAGUGAUUUGAAAUGCUCAUAGUACAGUACAUGGCAUUUAAACCCAGGUGAUAUCCAGCCAGAAGAGCGCUACUGUAGCUAGCUGCUCUCUCUCUAUCAUACUGUGCACCUGUAGCACUGCUUACUAUUUAUGCUGAAAAGUGCGGGCCAGGAGUGGGCUGGGCCUGCUCACAGAGGAAGGACAUGAGGGGCUUUGAGAUCAAGGGGGGCAGUGGCGAUUGUUAAAGGUUAACACAGGACAAGGUCAGUUAUUAAGUUUUUGAUUUCACUGCUAAAUCCACAGACCAGUACAGUAUGUUAACAGGAUGAUAUGUGCAUGUAUUAUCACAGCCAGGCUACAUUAUUAUUGUUCUGUUCCUGGUGUAUCUCCUACGUUGUUAGAGAGCAAUUAGGAGUGUUUAGUUGUUGGUUUGCAUGUAGUACUGGUGUCACGUUACUAGAAGAAAAGGAGAUUUGGCAAGUUUUUACCAGGUUUGAGAGGAAACGAAUGCAUGUUGAAGGGUUUUUUUCUUAUGAGGUUUCUUAUUUGGAAAGCGAUGCAUGUGGAAAGUGGGGGAAAAUGCUAGAAGUCUGGAUUGGUGAAUGAUAGCGGAACGGCAAGGAAGUUAACUUAAGCUAUAAAAUGUUUCUGCAGUUGCACGAUACUUGAGUGACACACAGGAGGAGGAGGAGGAGGAGGAGGAAUCCCUGGUGCUGUCUGGGGUUUGGGUUGGGGGGGGGGUCAGUUUAGGUGUGCUGCAGUUUCUCCUGUUAUCAAUUUUACCAUUAACUUUUUUUGAGAGUGGGCGACUUGGAACAAUAUUGAUGCACUUUUAAAAAACACACUCCUUAAGAAGGGUAAGGGGAUGGUGGUUGAGGAGAGUUCAGUGGGCUGUUAGGGUUUUUUUUUUUUUUUUUUUGUUUUCUUUCAUUUUUCUUUAAGUUAUUUGAUUUUUUUCUGGGCUGGAUUCCCACGGGGUAACGCACGUUGUCUUGAAAGCUACGCCCCGACAGGUGACUAGACGUAGGACAAUCUUGUGUUAUAGUAUAGUAGUAUAUAAACUAAGGAAAGCCAAGUCACUUGUAGACUUAGAUUUUUUUUUUUUUGGAUUCAGUGCGAUUAUUUAACCUUACUUGAAUUUUUUUUUGUUAAUUCAUAGCCAAAACCUUCCAAUAGUUCUUUCAGAGUUACACACAUACUGUGUAAAUUUUUCGUGUUCAUGUUUUUUUUAUUUGCUCUUCUUAUGUAAACUGCUCUCUGAACUGAAGUUUUAAAAACUGUCUUUCGUGAGUUUCCUCCGUUAUAGACAUGGGUGGGUAGGGGUUUUACAUGGUGGGUUUUUUCUUUUUUCUCCAUGAGCAGAAAAUGCUAAAAAAAUCCUCAUGACAUUUUAGAAAAAAAGAAAUGUAGUUUCUAAAUUGUAUUCAUGCAUGUUGUGCAAAAAAGCCAAAUGUUUCCCCCCAAAAAGAAAAGUGCUUUAAACAGAAAAAAUGUUUAUGCUUUUUUUUUUUUUUUUUAAAGGUUUUGUGUAUAAUUUGAAAGAUAAUUCCAAAGUGGGAAAAAUAGAUUAUACACAUCAUUCUCUUGCUGCUAUGAAGCUUUUCUUUUCUAGUCUUACACAAAAAUGCCUUAUUGUGGUUCACUUGUGUGCUGCUAUAUUAUGAAAUGUUGUAUAUGUAACAAGUCUUCUUUGCUUCUCUGUUUUAUGUGUACUGGAGGGAACGUAACACAGUUUGGUGCGGGACUGGAAGUACUUGUGUUUUGUUGAUCUUUUUUGAUUGGCAUGUUUUAUUCUUUUAUCGUUUCAUUUGUAUCUUUAUAUUCUAUCAUAUUCUUGCUGCUUCUUUGUAAUGUUUGUGUACCUCAGGUUAAUUUGGAUGGAUAGAGCGAGACCCCAAUCUCGCAUUACCUCAUCAAACUUCACACCACACGUCAUUUUCACUCUGAAAUUUUUGGACGGGUUCACUUUUUUUUUUUUUUUGGAUGAGCGGGAGGCGACGGUCUUUCUUCUGUUUAAAUCAAGAAACGUCUUCCAUUGAGCAGUUAUAAAUGCCUAUACUUUAAGAUAGGUUAUUUCAUAUAUCAUAAAACAGCAUAUGCUGUUUGUUAUACAUGUAUUAGAAAGACAAAAAAAAAAAAGUAUUUCUUCCUAGUUUCAUUGCCAUCUUUUGAAUCAGUUCAUUUGCGAUGAAGUGGAUAUUGUUUUAAUUUUGAGGUACCCAUUUAGUCGAAGUUUAAACCACAAGAAUGUUUUAUCAUUGUUCAGUGUGGUUGUUACUCUAAACUCUUCUCCCACUAUCCCCAUGUGCAACCACACAGUGUACCUCAACAAUUUCUCCUCAAUAAAUUGGCUAAAAUCA